AUGUUUCCUACGGAUCACAAUGUUCCUGCUGCCAAUGAACUAAUGAGUCAAGCUGAAGUCUACAUUGUUCAGUCUGAUCCUAUCAAUGACUAUCCGGCACCAACUGUGCCUAACUUGAAACUGAUCGGCGGUGUUUCUGUCAGUCCAUCCAAGCCGUUACAGGAACCUUUCAAAUCCUUUGUGGAGAAGUCUGAGAAAGCUGGAGUUGGUGUGGCUGUGUUAUCGUUUGGUAGCCUCGUUAUGAACCUGCCCGAAAUAGCGGAAAGAAAGAUUAUUUCAGCGCUAAGGCGUCUUUCAGUAAACACAAUUUGGAGAGCCAACAUGACCUCUCCAGACCCAGACAAGAUUCUGACGUCAACCUGGUUACCUGUGAACGAUCUUCUAGGACACAAAAACGUCAGAGUGUUCAUAUCUCACUCAGGAGCUAACAGUCUUUACGAGGCUCUCUAUCAUGCAGUUCCCACCGUCUGUGUUCCUCUGUUCUAUGAUCAGUAUUUUAAUGCUGAUCGAGCGGAAGAUAAAGGAUACUGCAUUAGACUAGAUAUCAUCAAAGCUUCCGCUGACGAUUUAUUUAAUGUUAUAGAACAAGUGGUGUCCGAUAAGAAGAUGAAGUCGAAGCUGAACACAGCCUCAGAAAUAUACCGCCAGUUGUACAAGAACCCCAGGCAAGAAGGAGCCUUCUGGCUGGAUCACGUGUUGCGCUAUGGGGGAGAAUACAUGAGGUACAGCGGUCAGAAGUUACCCAUGACAUUGUUAAUUGCUGAUUACAUAUUGGUCUUCCUUACUGGGGUGCUAUCUACACUAGGUAUUCUACUACUUGUUUAUUUCAUUAAGCUUAUAUAUCGUGUCCGUUUCAGGAAAGAAAAUAGCAAAAAAUAUGAGUAG